CCCCCUUCUCUCUCCCUCUUUUUUUCUUCUUCUUCCUCUCUUGGGCUCUCGGUGCGAAUUAGGGUUUCGUUUCCUUCGCUGGUCGAUCUUAUUCGGUGGCUGUUGGAAACGUAUCAACUUUGUUAGAUCAAGAUUCUCUGCACUGGACAAAUCCUUUGUGUUUCUGAAGUAUGCAAAUUGAUUGAUGGGCAUGGUGAAGUAACGUCAACCUUGAGUGGUUAUGCAAUUCUAAAUUGAGCUAUCCCAUCCUAUUAUUAAAUUUGGAACUUUGUCAUAUACCAUAAUUCUGGAACAAACGGGCAAACACCUAAGGAUUUCUCGUAUCCAUGCUGUCAGAUAGCAUGUGUGGAAUCUGUACCACGGGUAAUGCCCCUGACAAGAUUUGCUGCCGAUGCGUUCGGUGUGGUGACAAUUUGUCUAGUAGUUAUCUUGGUUAUUCUUGGUUUGCUGUGCAUUGUGUACACAUUUUACUUCCGGUCUCGUAGUCAUCAUCAAGGUUAUGUUCAACUUAAUUAUUUUAGUGGUCCUUGGAUCAUCAGAAUUACAAUCAUCGUGUUUGCUAUCUGGUCGGGCAUUGGUGAAAUUAUCCGGUUGAGUUUGAUAAGACGCGCGCUUCACUUAAAAUGGCAGGAACCUGUUUGCAAAAGCUACAUCGUAUCAAAUUUGGGGUUAGCAGAACCAUGCCUCUUUCUAACCAUUGUGUUUCUCCUUCGGGCACCGUUACAGAGAGUGGAGACUGGAAUUAUGAGCCAGAACUGGAACUUGAGAACAGUGGGAAGGAUUCUUCUUUACUGCUUCCCGAUGUUUGUUCUCCAGCUACUUGUUAUCUUGAUUGCACCUCAGUUAGACAAGAAUAAAGGUUCUGGGAAACAUUUGCCUCAUUAUUUUACAAGUGCAGCCGCUAUCACUACACUAGGGGAGAAUGAGGUUUCCAUUUGUACUUACCCUUUACUCAGUACAAUUCUCCUUGGUUUUUUUGCCGUCAUCCUGACUUUCUACCUAUUUUGGCUUGGAAGUCGGAUUUUAAAAUUGGUCAUCAAUAAGGGUUUGCAGAAGAGGGUUUACACGUUAAUACUCUCAGUUUCCAUUUUCGUUCCAUUGAGGGUUCUUUUCCUUGGUUUGUCUGUUUUAUAUAGACCUGAGCAGUUUACGUUUGAGGCCCUUACUUUCUUGGCGUUUCUUGCCCUUGUAUGUUGUGCUGGGGUGUGUAUAUGUGUGCUUGUGUAUCUCCCAGUUGCAGAUUCUUUAGCUCUGGGAAAUUUACAUGACUUAGAACCUAGAAGAGGGUCUAAUGUUGAUCAGAAUGAUACGAUGUCUCUUAUUGCUAACCAGAGUCAUUUGGAUGGUGUUGAAGAAAAUGUCAGGUCCAGUCCUGAUUCGGAUGCAUCGACGAAGCAGGGGUCAAUUUCCUUUCGGACAUUGGAAAAAGAUGGAACUUCAAGUGGGGCAUUUGUUGAGUUAAGCCUUUUCUCUCCCAGCCGAGAUGCUACCACUUCAGGAUCGUCUCCCCCUCUUGGUUGGCCAAUGCGACCCCCCACACAAGUUGUUGGACCAUGAAACCAGGCUAGAAACUAAUUACUACGAGUGAAUGUCAAUUUUGUGGAGAAGAAAAACUGAUUGUAAAGGAUUUAGCUUCAAUAAUGCUUUUAUUCUUGUUCUGUUUUCCCCACAUUAGGUCUAAUGGUCUUGCUUUUGAAUUUGUUGAGUACUUUACAUAUUUUCCCAUGCCAUCUCUACCUCUUCUCUUAUUCUGAAUUCAUAUUUCAUAUAUUUGAAGACUGCUUGUACAUGGUAAUAUUUUUCAAUAGGUGUUGAUGAGUAGUGAUCGGUA